AUGGGGACGACUACUGUCAUCAUCACAGUUCGCGACAUGCCGUCCAACCCGAGACAAAUAGCCGAUAUGGCGGGAGAGAUCUGUCGAAUGAUUGACUGCCGUGUAGAACUUCAGUUCUGCAGCCUCAAGCUGGUAGACCCCGCACAACAGACAGAGAGAAAUCCUCGCAAGCUAGUGAACACAUAUCAAUCUGUUAGAUGUGCAUUCCCAAGCCAAAUAUUACAGGAUGAGUUCCUUUCCGACAUUGCAUCCGAUAUUCAUCGCACGAAUUCGAAAAUCCAACACCUGGAAAUAGAAUCCAAACAAACCGAAAACCGCAAAGAACUUGGACAUUGGAAACACAGGCUUCUCCGCCUGAAGGAAAAGCGGUCCUCUAUCCACAACAUGGAUUCGCACAUUGGUUUCGUCGCUGUAACUUCAGGACUGCCCGUCCACAAUGGACAUCAUUUGGACUGGGCAUCGAUCACCCUUAGCGGACUUGAAAAACCACUACGGUCGGUAAACAUGAUCCCUAACAUACAGGAACGAUCUCAAACCCCAGUCCCACUAUCAAAUUGGCCCGGAAAGCUCGAAGGAGGUGCCAAGGUCUGCAAAAUGGGAUCGUCAGGUGUGACCGAAGAAGUGGUAAAUACGGUGCCCAGCUACAUGCGGUUCGGGGAAACCGAACACACUAUCCCUAUCGCAAUAGAAUGGGCAGUCAUUCCAACCAUGAAAUACAAAAAUUUCAGUGAGCCAGGAGAUUCUGGAGCAUGGGUAGUUGAUCGUCUUGGAAAUCAUCUAGUGGGGAUGGUCUUGGGCCGUAACAGUUGCCUUGGAGUCUCCUAUGUGACACCUAUCCGUGAAGUUAUCGAAGACAUUGAAAACCUCACGAACAAAACCGUUAUUCUAUCCUAA